AUGAUGGAAACGAAACUAUGGCUGAAACAGACGUGGAGGGAUAGUUUUCUGCAGUGGGAUCCGCGAGAGUUUCGGAAUCUUUCGCAAAUGCGCAUUCCCGCCGAGAAGAUCUGGCGCCCGGACAUUGUCCUUUACAACACGGCAGUUGGUGACUUUCAAGCGCAGCAGAAAACUAAAGCAGUCAUCAAAAGCGAUGGAACAGUGACUUGGAUGCCGCCAGCGAUCUUCAAGUCCUCCUGUUCCAUCGAUGUCACUUACUUCCCGUUCGACGCUCAGGAAUGGAUCUAA